AUGUCUUCGGACCAUGACUUGAGCUUGCCUCCACGUCGACACCAUGAUUUAAGCCUAGCCACGCGUCAACAACUCGAUUCAGAGUUGGAACCUCGUCAACAACAUGAUCCAGCUUUGGAGUUUGGCCAAGAAGAUGAGGUAGACCCGGAUCCACGUCAAGAAUACGAACUGAGGCCAAGUUCUCAUGGGCAAUAUGAUCUCGACCUGGAUCCGCGUCGGCAGUACGAUUCAAACCUGGACCCGCGGCGAGGGUAUGAAGUCGAGCCAGCCUCACGCCGAGAAUAUGAACUAGAGCCUGGCUCUCGUGGAGAAUAUCAACUGGAUACUACUUCGCGACGACGAUUUGACCCAGAUCUAGCUUCACGUCAAGAGUAUGAUCCAGACCUAGACCCACGCCGAAGAUACACAUUGGACCUGGAUUCACGACGACAGUAUGACUUGGACCUGGAUACACGCCGGCAAUAUGAUUUAGACCUACCUCGGCGCCCACAGCAUGAUCCCCGUCGCCGUCAUCCUUCUUCAUCCCCUUCCUCAUCUUCUUCUCGCCGUCGCCGCCAUGAAUCUUGUGAACGUACGAUGACAUGCAAGGAAGUUGAGAAGAUGUACGGCGGGUUUGACUGGACCGAGACCGCUAUGCUGGCGCUGACGGGCGCAGUCGCGGUCUUCAGCAUCAAUAGAAACUUGGAACGAUACCAGAGAAGGAGACGAGAGCAGGAGGAAGAGGAAGAACAAGCAAACAGAGACCGUGAGCUACGCAAAGGUCAAGAGAUCAGGAGGAACAGAAGCGAGAGCAUCGGUGGCCGCCGGGCCCGGUCCGAGACAUGGAAUGGAAGCGUCGACGAUGGAUAUCGCAGAGGUGAGCAUCGAAACCGCGAUCUGAGCAGGUUCGACGGGGACAGAAGACAGAGCGGGAGGCGGAGCAGAAGGGGAGACUGGGGUGAUGAUGAUGAUUACGAUAAUGAUGAGGAUGCUCAUGACCGACGUCGACACAGGAGAUCCUACUACAACAGAGAAAGGGACACACGUCAAUAA